AGGAAAUAGUCCGGCUAAUCGAAUGCACUAUAAAACUCAACUGUCGGUUUCAGGACUUUCGUUAUUUGCUGAUUCGAGUAGUUAGGUACAUAGCGUGUCCUAGUAUCCCUGGUUUGCGCGUUUUUUGGCAAAGGACUGGAGUCGUGGAUUAAUACAAUUAAUUCCCACAGUGCUUGAAACUCGUUUGAUGUUUUGUCAUUGCCUUCGCUAGCAGCAGAGCGGUUUAUCUAGUGCGAGUUGUUCCGUGUUUGCGUUCACCGGUUGCUGUAGAUUUGUGUUGUGUUGCUGUUCUGUUUAAUUUCCGUAAUAAAUUAAAAUGGCUGAUCAACUUACAGAAGAACAAAUAGCUGAAUUCAAAGAGGCCUUCUCAUUGUUUGAUAAAGAUGGCGAUGGUACAAUCACAACUAAAGAAUUAGGUACCGUUAUGCGAUCGCUCGGACAGAAUCCUACAGAAGCAGAACUACAAGACAUGAUUAAUGAAGUAGAUGCUGAUGGAAACGGCACAAUAGACUUUCCUGAAUUCCUUACUAUGAUGGCCCGAAAAAUGAAGGAUACAGAUAGCGAGGAGGAAAUUAGGGAAGCCUUCCGUGUCUUUGACAAGGAUGGCAAUGGAUUUAUUAGUGCGGCAGAACUUCGCCAUGUUAUGACAAACCUUGGAGAAAAGCUCACAGAUGAAGAAGUUGACGAAAUGAUCAGGGAAGCAGAUAUAGAUGGAGACGGCCAAGUUAACUAUGAAG